AUGAAGAUGAUAAUCGAGCUAAGCCAUGGCUUCUGCGUGAUUUUCCUCUGUUUUUUCCUUCUCGUGAUGCGUGUUAUAUCGCAAUCAGAAAUAACACCAUCACCACCAUCACCGCCACCAUUUUCAUUCGAUACGAAAAUAAAAAUCAAUCCACCUACAGCUAUCAUUUUAGUUACACUUAUCAGUGUCUUCUUCGCUAUGGGAAUUGUUUCAGUCUACGUCCGUCAAUGCGCCGACCGCCGCUUCGCCAGCGACUUCGAAUUUGCAGACGAAGAUUCUGGACGACGCGGCGCUCGAUCGCAUGGACUAGACCCAGUAGUAAUUACCUCUUUCCCUAUGUUUUAUUACUCUGAUGUUAAAGACCACAAAAUUGGGAAAUCAGCGUUAGAAUGUGCGAUUUGCUUAAAUGAAUUCGAAGAUGUUGAAACUCUUCGACUUCUUCCUAAAUGCUCUCACGUUUUUCAUCCAAAUUGCAUCGACGCUUGGUUAUUUUCUCAUAUUAACUGCCCUGUUUGUCGUGCCAAUUUACUCCCUGACCCCAGGGAUUUCGAAAAAAUCGCCACGCCGGGUUACUAUUCGAAUUCCGGGUCACCUGACCCGGAAUUCGGUAACUCGGUCCAUGAGGUAAAUAUAGAUAUCAACAAUAUCGCUUCACCUGAAGUGAUAAAUAUUGCACAAACACCUGUACAUAAUCGUCCACCAAGGGCAAAUUCGAAAAUUACUGGAAAAUUUCCAAGGUCUCACUCGACGGGUCACUCACUGGUUCGACCCGGUGAAGAUCGCGAGCGAUUUACGUUGAGGUUACCAGAGGAGGUUCGAGAGAAAUUGAUUAAUUCGGGUUCGAGUCGAGCACAAACCAACUCGUUAUUUCCAAGUGAAAGAAGUAUGCCAAAAGGGUACAGAAGUAGUAGCGUGGGAACCGGUUCAACACGUAUUAAUCAUGAAAAUUAUGAGCGGUUUAAUGAGGAAGGCCGGUGGGGGUUUACAACGGUUCCACCUUUCUUUUCGAGAGGCGGUUCAACCCGGUCUUCUAAGGAUGGUAACGGAGCUGGAGAUGAUAUAACGGUGGUUUCAAAGAAUUUAUUCAAGUCUAUUAAGUCGCCAUUUGAUCGCAUCUUUGAGAAAAAUAGUAGUGGUGAACGAUCGUUUGAUAAACUUAGGUUAGGUAGUUCAAGUAAUUGA